AUCAUUGAACGGAAUAGUGUAACAUAAUUUUCUACUUAAGGUGGUUGUAUGUUUUCCUUAUUUUGAGCCUGCACUUAUUGAAAAGAUGAAAAUUCAACUUGCUUUACAAGAUUGGGAACAAACUAUGGACGUUGCUCAAAGGUGUUUGAAAUUAAACCGUUACUCUUUGGAUGCUCACAAAAUGAGUAUUAUAUCUUUUCUGUUUCUUGAUGGAAAGUACGAUGAAGCUGCUGAAAAGAUCAGUGAAUUGAUUCAUCUCUAUGACAGACAUGAACCUAAAAGUCAUUCACUGUAUUUUGAAGCGGAAAGACUUUAUAGCCGUGUGGUAAGAGAAGAAAGGCUCCGCGACCUAUAGUCAACGAUGUACUUCACACGCUAAAAUCAGCGAUGUCCUUAUUACGUCGUUGUAAAGUCAAUUCAGCCUUGACAGUCCAGUUGUUUUCUCAAAUCUUUCAUUUUAUCAACAUGUGGUUGUUUAAUCGCAUUGUUCUUGAACCGCAACUCAAACUCUGCACUCGAUCCUGGGGGAUAUUGUUACUCAAUAGACUAGAGCGUCUUCAUUCUUCGGCUAAAAUUCAAGGUAUCGAAUUGGCCGCUGAAUGUCAUUUGGCCAGAGUUGGUCAGGCAGCAUUGCUACUACAAAUGCCAAAGCAAGAUUCGGCAAACAUCACAUCAAAUUGCUUCAAACUCAACUCACUUCAAAUACGUCAACUUUUGGACUUUUAUCAGCCAGAGAGGGACGAGCCUCCCGUCUCUUUGGACCUCAUCGAAAAAGCAGUUAGUAUUGCGGAGAGCGCCGCUGACCAGAGCGCCCGCAUUGAUGGAGAUGAAGUAAAUCUUGAAGAAGAACCGGAACUACAAUUACCAUUCUUACUUCCUGACGAUAGUUAUUUCGUCGAGAAUACUUGCGGCGUGCCACUAGGAUUGAAGGAGUUAGGAGUUCCUUUCUCCUCUAAUUGCCCCAGGUAGCUGGAUUGGAUAAUCUCAAUCCUCGUGUUUCGACCCGCCGAAUUCAUCGAGAAACGAUCAAGUUUUCUUUUACCAGUUUUAUUCAUGCUUUCCGAUGUUUUUCCUGCAAUGUUUUUCCAAAAUUUUCAGAAUGAACAAACAUAUAAAGAAGAGCUUUCGUAGAAGUUUCUUUCUAGAUUAAAACUUUUCAUGGAAAAUUUACCUAUCCUUAGCAAAAAUAAUUUAAUUUGACUGUAGUUAAAAUAUAUAAUUUUUAUGAAAUAAAAAAUCUU